AUGAAUACGUUGGCGAUCAGGUUGGUGUGGUUGCUGUCUGUAACGCUGGUUUUGGCUGCGAGUAUAGAGGAUUUCUGGGAUAGGAGUGUGGGAGUAACAAUCCGUAACGAUUUGGAAAACAGGAAGGAUCUGAUCAUCCAUUGCAAAUCUAAGGACGACGACCUCGGCGUCCAUGUUCUUUCUUACAAGGAAUCCUAUGACUUCCGAUUUGUACCACACUUGUUAGGUCGGACCUUGUUUUUCUGUCGCAUGACAUGGAAUGGAAAAUCACACUGGUUCGACGUUUACACGGAAGAAAGGGAUAAAAUUUGGAAGGAUAAUAUAAGCUCGUUGGAAAAAUUGUUUGAGAAGGUGGAAGUUUGGUCGGAGGAGAUAGAUGUUGAAGCUGGGUUAGAGCUGAAUCGAUGGAGUGAGGCUGUCAUCCAUGCAGCCUCCAUGUUAGUGGGAGAUGGAAUGGCUGUCUUGGACGAUUCUUCGUAUCUCUGCAGGCCCGAGGAGAGCCAGCUGGGCAAUCGGCGAGAUUAG